GAUUGGUUAGUUAAAUGCUAAAUCAUUAUGUAACAUAAAUUAUUUUUUGUAUGACAUUACAUGACUUUUUCAUUUUUUUUUCUUAUCUUUUCUUGAGGGACUGCUACCAAUCGGGCAUCCAGAACAACUUUGACUAUCGGUGCUUCUUAAAAUCUGUAGUCUGUGAAGUGGAUAGCCAGAAAAACAUCUGCACAAGAGACAAGGUGUGUUGUUGGAACCUGCAGAACUUGAAGAGCAUCAGGACGCUUUGAGAAAUGGCAGCUAUGAGUGACUAUAAGGUGUUUAAUGAUCCCAUCCAUGGCCUUGUGGAGCUGCAUCCGCUCCUCGUCAAGAUCAUCGACACGCCUCAGUUUCAGCGACUUAGAAACAUAAAGCAGCUUGGAGGGACUUCUUAUGUUUACCCUGGAGCAACCCACAGUCGCUUUGAACACAGCAUUGGGGUUGCUUAUUUGGCUGGAGAACUUGUUCAAGCUCUGAUGGAGAACCAGCAAGAACUCAAAAUCACUCCUGCUGAAAAACUUUGUGUGCAGAUUGCUGGACUCUGCCAUGACCUGGGACAUGGACCAUUUUCACAUUUGUACGAUGGGAAAUUUAUACCUGAAAUAAAGCCUAAAUCAGAGGCUAAAUGGAAGCAUGAGAUUGCCUCUAUACAAAUGUUUGACCACCUGGUGAAGGUCAAUGAUUUGGAGGAGAACAUCAGGAAUCUAGGCCUAAAACAACCCAAGGAACUAGACAAGAAACCGGACCAGUUCAACAACCUGGACUUUAUAAAGAAACUGAUCAAUACAGAAUAUGUCAGUGAAACAGAAGAGCUCCUCAGAAGUCAUUUUCAGGACAGAUCCUUCCUCUAUGAAAUCGUGGCCAAUAAAAGGAACGGCAUUGAUGUGGAUAAGUGGGAUUAUUUUGCCAGAGACUGCCAUUAUUUGGGUAUAAAGAACGGCUUUGACUAUCGACGCUUAAUAUUAUGCGCCAGGGUGUGUGAGGUGGAAGGGAGGACGGAGAUCUGUUUCAGAGACAAGGAAGUGUUCAAUCUAUACGACAUGUUCUACACGAGGUUCUGUCUGCACAAAAGAGCCUACCAGCACAAAGUGACAAAUGCCGUAGAGUGCAUGAUCACAGAUGCCUUUUUGAAAGCAUAUAAACAUAUUAAGAUCAGAGCCUCUGGAGGGAAAAUGUUGAAUCUGUACGAAGCUAAAGGCGACAUGGAGGCCUACACCAAGCUGACAGAUGAUGUAUUUGAACAGAUACUGAACCACCCUGAUGUCUCAGAGGACUCUAAUCCUGAUGUCUCAGGGAACCAACCUGAUGUCUCGGGGACCAACCUGAUGUCUCGGGGCCUUCAAAAGGAACCGCAAUCUAAUCCUAAACGCUUGAAGGACCUUAAACAGGCAAAGGAUUUACUGGCCAGAAUACAUCGCCGCAACCUCUACAAGUGUGUAGGGGAAUUUCACACCACAAAUUUAGAAAUAACAACGGAGGACUUCAGAGCUCAACUCCCAGAAGAAUAUCAACAAGAGGAGCACUUUUUGAUUGAUAUAAUUAAACUAGACUAUGGGAUGGGGAAAGAAGACCCAAUACAGCAUGUGCAUUUCUACCGAAAGAAAAAGCCAAAUGAUGCCAUCCUAUUGACCCAACAAGAAGUCUCUCACCUUCUUCCAGAAACAUUUGCUGAGAAAACAAUCAGAAUCUACUACAAGGGGACCAAUGUUGAGAUUCUGAACACUGCCGAGGACUAUUUUGAUGGAGGCGAUUUCAGGAGCAAAUGUCAGAAAUUGACCGAAGAACAGCCAAAAGCAAAGAAACGCAGGACUUAGACAAAACAGCUGAAGUCUCCUGCAGCCAGCAGAAGAAAUGAUUAUGAAGUUGGAUUUUUAAUUAAAUGGGAAAAGUCUUUUUUUAUUGAACUUUGAUGUUCAGUGAUGUUUUUCUCUUAAGGGUGGGUGUUGAUCAGUGCAGUUAAUGAUAUAUUCUAAAAGAAAAUUGAAGGAAUUUAAAAAGUGGUUAUAUUUGAAUAUACUGACCCCUGCAGGGAGGAUUUAUAUUGUAAUAGAAGCUUUAUAGGACAUAUAAAAGCAUAUAUUUGAUCUAUUAAAUGAGUUUUAGUAUAAAGCCUAGUUUUGCUAUUCAAAGAACUAAUAUUUCUU